CAAAUGCCUGAUUACUAUUGGGGACUUGUGAAGAAGUAUGGAAUGUCUAAUGUUUGAUUUCAAUCUAGUUCUUUACUGCAGGAGGAAGAAUUUCACAAGCUAGCCGAUUCCACAAUGCAUGACCUGUUAGAGAAAUUAGAGGGAUAUGGGGAUUCGGUUGAUAUUGAUGAUUUUGAUAUAGAUUAUGGGAACCAGGUAUUAACCCUAAAGCUGGGGACUCUGGGCACCUAUGUGGUGAACAAACAAACACCCAAUAGACAAAUUUGGAUGUCUUCCCCCCUGAGUGGUCCAUCCAGGUUUGAUUGGGAUCGGGAUGCUCAAGCUUGGAUUUAUAGGCGGACUAAGUCAAAUUUGUUCGAAGUUUUAGAAAGCGAGUUGGAGCAAUUGUGUGGUCAAUCCAUCAAUCUUUCUUAAAGCUCUUAUGAUCACCAUAACAUAUGGUGGAAAGUUUCUCCUCAGAGUUGCCCAAUGGAGGUUUGCGAUUUGGUCAUCGAUUGGGCUAUAUUUUCUUCUCUCUCUUUUCUGUAUUAAUAAAAUUAUAUUCCUAAAUAAACCAUGGGUUUCCAAUUUAGCCCCUAUCUUGAAUUAAAUAUUUUUAACUGUACUGUUCCUCAAUUCUUGACCUUUGGACA